UGCGCCUCGCUCGGGCUCGCCGGGCUCGGAGAGCGGCGGGGGGCGGCCCGGGGCGCGGGGGCCCGGCAGGCGGCGGCGGCGGCGGUGAUGCGCCGCGCCGAGCCCUUCCCGCCGCGCUAGGUGAGCGGCGGCAGGAGCGCGGGCCGUAGCCAUGGGCACCCUGGGCAAAGCGAGAGAGGCUCCGCGGAAACCUUCACAUGGCUGCAGAGCUGCCCCGAGAGCAAAACUAGAGGCAAAGCCAGCCAGCAGCCCCUUCCCCUCCCAUCCCAGCCUGGCCCAGAUCACCCAGUUCCGAAUGAUGGUGUCUCUGGGACAUUUAGCCAAAGGAGCCAGCCUGGACGAUCUCAUCGACAGCUGCAUUCAGUCUUUUGAUGCAGACGGAAACUUGUGUCGAAGUAACCAGCUGCUGCAAGUCAUGCUGACCAUGCACCGCAUCAUCAUUUCCUCUGCCGAGCUGCUCCGGAAAGUGAUCACCCUUUAUAAGGAUGCCUUGGCAAAGAAUUCACCAGGACUUUGCCUGAAGAUCUGCUAUUUUGUAAGGUACUGGAUCACAGAAUUCUGGAUCAUGUUCAAAAUGGAUGCCAGCUUGACAAACACUAUGGAGGAGUUUCAGGAACUGGUGAAGGCUAAUGGUGAGGAGAUACACUGCCGCCUGAUUGACACAACCCAAAUCAAUGCCCGUGACUGGUCCAGGAAACUUACUCAAAGGAUAAAAUCAAACACCAGCAAGAAACGGAAAGUGUCCCUGCUCUUUGACCAUCUGGAACCAGAGGAGCUGUCUGAGCACCUGACCUACCUUGAGUUCAAGUCAUUCCGGAGGAUAUCUUUCUCUGAUUAUCAGAAUUACCUUGUGAAUAGCUGCGUGAAGGAGAACCCCACCAUGGAAAGAUCCAUUGCCCUAUGUAAUGGCAUCUCCCAGUGGGUCCAACUGAUGGUUCUCAGCCGUCCCACCCCACAGCUCCGAGCAGAAGUCUUCAUCAAGUUCAUCCAGGUGGCUCAGAAGCUCCACCAAUUACAGAACUUCAACACACUGAUGGCUGUGAUAGGCGGGCUAUGUCACAGCUCGAUCUCCAGGCUCAAGGAGACAAGUUCACAUGUCCCACAUGAAAUUAAUAAGGUUCUGGGUGAGAUGACUGAGCUACUCUCCUCCUGUAGAAACUAUGACAACUACCGGCGAGCCUAUGGGGAGUGUACCCGCUUCAAGAUCCCCAUCCUGGGGGUGCACCUCAAGGACCUCAUCUCCCUAUAUGAAGCCAUGCCCGACUAUCUGGAGGAUGGGAAGGUGAACGUCCACAAGCUGCUGGCCCUUUACAAUCAUAUCAAUGAACUGGUGCAGCUGCAAGAGGUGGCUCCACCCUUGGAGGCUAACAAGGACUUGGUGCACCUGCUGACGUUAUCCCUAGAUCUCUACUACACUGAAGAUGAAAUCUAUGAACUUUCUUAUGCCCGGGAACCAAGGAACCACAAAGCCCCACCACUAACACCUUCAAAGCCACCAGUAGUAGUGGACUGGGCCUCUGGAGUAUCUCCCAAACCUGACCCAAAGACCAUAAGCAAACAUGUCCAGAGGAUGGUGGAUUCUGUCUUCAAGAACUAUGAUCAUGACCAGGAUGGAUACAUUUCUCAGGAAGAGUUUGAAAAGAUUGCUGCAAGUUUUCCAUUUUCCUUCUGUGUGAUGGACAAAGACAGGGAAGGCCUCAUCAGCAGAGAGGAGAUCACAGCCUACUUCAUGAGGGCCAGCUCAAUCUACUCCAAGCUGGGCCUGGGCUUUCCUCACAACUUCCAAGAGACCACCUACCUGAAACCCACAUUCUGUGACAACUGUGCUGGAUUUCUCUGGGGAGUGAUCAAACAAGGAUACCGAUGUAAAGACUGCGGGAUGAAUUGCCACAAACAAUGCAAAGAUCUGGUUGUGUUUGAGUGCAAGAAGCGAGCCAAGAACCCAGCAGCUCCCACAGAGAACAGCACCUCUGUGGGGCUAACAUCCAACCUUUGCUCACUGGGAGCCAAAGAUCUGCUCCUCACACCUGAGGAAGGACCCUUCACAUUCCCUAAUGGGGAGGCUGUGGAACACAGUGAGGAAAGUAAGGAUCGGACCAUCGUGCUCAUGGGCGUGUCCUCACAGAAGAUUUCUGUUCGGCUUAAGAGGACUGCAGCGCACAAGGCCACCCAGACCGAAUCACUGCCUUGGCUUGGCAGCGAGGGCCCUUCUGGUCCCUGUGUACCGCCUUCCCCAAGGAAGACAGCCCAGGAUACUCUGUAUGUGCUUCCCAGCCCCACAUCUCCAUGCCCUAGCCCAGUCCUGGUCAGAAAGCGGGCUUUUGUCAAGUGGGAGAAUAAAGAAUCCCUCAUAAAAUCAAAGGAGGAGCUCCGUCACCUCAGGCUCCCUACCUACCAAGAGCUGGAACAGGAAGUAAAUACCUUGAAAGCAGAUAAUGAGGCACUUAAGAUUCAACUGAAAUAUGCACAGAAGAAAAUAGAAACUCUCCAUCUUGCAAGCAAUCAUGUCUUAGCUCAGAUGGAACAGGGUGACUGUUCUUAACCCAGAAACUCAAGAACAAUGUGUAGAUCAAUAUAUCAGAGAUCUCAUUUUCUAAACCAAUUAACACAAAAAAUCCCAGGAAACUUUACAGACAGGCUUUAAGAAGAGCACUUUAAAAGAGAAAGGCAAGAAAUUCAUUUUUAUUUAAAAGAUUCCUAAUAUGAAGUGUUGUCUUCUCUUCCAGUCAAUUGAAUCAAAAGGGAAAGCUGAAGAACACAAAAUUUUUGCCAUUCAUACCAUAGACUUUCAUACCCCCUGGGACUAAUACUAAAAACAUGAUAAAAAUAUAACUAUAGUUUUCUGACAAGGUAGCUUCUGUGUGGCCUGUCUGGCAGCUUCUUCCUUAGAACUAAAAUCUCUGAAAAAUGAAUUUGCUUCCUUCCCUGGAUUUCCUGUGAACUGAGGAAUUUACUAUGUUCCAUCCAAAGCUUGCUUAUAAUGGAAAAAUACUCACAUAGAUUCACUUCCUCUAUAUUCCAGCAUUCUUCACGAAUCUGGCUCCCAACUCACUACCUCAGAUCUAAUCAGUUAGCCUUUGCCCCUUCCUUCCUCACUACGCUUAUCCAUACGUGAAGAGUAAACUAGAGAUGUAGCCACAAAUUUUGGGGGAUCUAUUACAGAACAGGACAUAAUCCCAUUGCAGGUCAUCUCACAGCCUUAGUCUCACAGUCUUAAUAAGUAGCCAAAUUACAUACUUGGAAACAUGGCUAAUACCAUCUCAUAGAUGACUGACUAAAAAAAAAAGUGCAAACAUGAUGUUUGUCCUCAUAAAAUCUACAGUGGAAUUAGGAAUUUAUGGCCUUUUUUAAAACAGUCUGUUUAAUUCCUUCAUGGGCCAUCUUUUUUUUUGAAGUAACUGUUUUAGAACUAAACUUGUGCUUAUACUGUCUUCACUAUUAAUACUAUUUAGAAAUAAGCUAAUUGGAUCAGAAGCUUUCAGUAAUAGCUGACAACAUGUAUAUAUGUAUAUAGCAUGUAUAUAUACUAUCAGGCAUGCAGAUGGCUUGGAAUUUUGUUUCCUCCUUCAUAAAAUGUGCAAGUGAAUUAAACAAUGUUUAGUCAUUUACACAAAUUCACAAAGUUCAGUUUGUUGCAAGGUGAAGAAAUUGCUCACAAUAUAAAUUGCAUUGUUUGGCAAAAUCGUAAGUUAAGAGUCCUGUGCAUUUUCUAUUGAUGAUGGUUAAUGACAAAUGAGCUUAUUUUGUUGUCUGGGCAACUGUUCAUAAACUCCAUCAGAUAAUAUAUUUCCCUAAAAAAUUAAUAUGAUCAUUUUCAUUCUGAAAAUGGGGCAAUUUACCUUCCAUUCUUGAAAGGCAGGUACUAACCUGACUUGAAAUUCAUACACAAGUUGGCAAACUGCCAAGAAUAUAAUCUCAGCAAUUAAAAAUUCUAAACCUAAGGCCAAUGACACUAAGUCUUCAUCAGAACACAAAGUAUACCCAGUGUGGCUUCCUUGGAGGGCUCAGACAUUUAAAGGUUUCUUUGAUGAAAGACCAGUUCCUAUUUGCAUACCUUCUGUACUCAGCUUUAGUGACUUUAGGUCCAUGUUUUAAAGAAUUAUUUACCCUCUCCUCAUCCAAACUCAGAAAUCCCCACAACAGAACUGCUUGGAUCCACCACCUGGUAUAUAAAUUUACAGAUGCACUUUGCUACUUACCUUAUAUGCAACAAACAUGAAUUUAUGAUCUUUAGAAUUCAUUUUCUUCACCAUUAUUUUCUCUGAUAUAGACCAAAGAUAGUACAGCUCAAUUUCUUUAAACAUGGACAUGUAAUAAAUUUCUUCAUUCUUCUUACCCUCCAUCCAAAAUACAGACCCUAGGUUAGUUUCUGUGUAAACAAUAUGUAAUCCUAGAAUUCAAAAGUCAGCCUCCUUAAUUAGUCAAAUUAGCAUGGCUAGAGGGUCUUAAGCAUUCCAGAAUUUAUUACUGAACUGGAUAGUAAGCAGUAGUUUCAUCACUGAUUUUUACAGUCCAGUAAGGGCCAAAGAAUUAUAGUGGGUAAAUUAAUAUUAUUUGCACUGUGCUACCUGGGAUUAGUGGAAUCUACAAAAAUAAUCUGGAACAGAUUUCUGGUUAAGGCUAGGAUACAAGUUUUUGUGUCUUACUGAAUAUUUGAAAUAAGUUUGGGCAAUAUUUAUCUGCCGGGACAAAUCUUGUUUUGUUAACAGCAAUGUCACUAAUCAUUUUGUUUGGCAGUUGCCUUUUUACUGGCCAUUUGUGAAUUUUUUGUUUAAAGACGUAUAAUGUAAAAGAACUGCAAGGGGGAAAAAAAUGUACAGAUUGUAAAGUUUUUUUUGAUACCUAAUGUAAGUUUUCUUUGUGUAAUAUUUAUAUGAUAAAAGAUAAUAGGAUCCCUUCAA